GUGCUCCAACAGAGUGGUCGUGAACGAUUUUAAUUUAAAUUAUGAGUUCAAUAACCGCAUCCGGGGAGUAUGACAAGGACGAAUUGGUGCCGCCGCAUUGGUUGAACAAUACCUUCUUUGAGCAAGUUUUGAAGCCGCCAAAGAGCUGUGCAAAAAUUCAGAUUGCAAAUAUAACAAUUCAGCCGGCAACGAAAAAGGGUGAACACUAUGCGAGCGUAAUGUUCCGUGUGAAUGUGGCAUACACUUUGGCCAACAGCGAUUGUGAUGCCGCGCAAAGUCUGCAUUACAAAUCGCUCAUUGUGAAAGCUCUACCUGUGCUGGAGGGCGAGAAGCAGCUAUUGCUACAGGACUCAAAGCUCUUCGAAACCGAAAUCGGUAUGUACACUGAAGUGGUGCCGCAACUAGUGGAAGAGCUAAGAUUGGCAGGGGAAGUCAUACGAUUUGGUGCCAGCUGUCUCCAUCAUUCACUGACACCGCUAAAAGUGUUGGUUUUCGAAGACUUAACACAAGUCGGCUACGAGAUUGUUAGAGGGCGAACGCUGACACUUGAGGAAAUAAAAAUGGGCUAUCGAAAGCUGGCAAAAUGGCAUGCAGCAAGCUAUAAAUUGGCGAAAAAGCAACCCGCAAUCUUUGAUAAAUUCCGGCAUAGCUUUAUGACCAUACCUUACAUUGUCAAUAGCUCAUUUAUAGCCAGUGGCAUUAGCAAUUUCAUCACACUGCUCGAUUCGUUGCCAACUCUAAAAGCCUUCAAACCCUAUUUCGAACUCUUGCAACCUGAUUGGGCCUCCAAAUGCCGCGCUACCUACACAGAAUAUUUUACAAAUCGUCAUUCUGAAAACUAUUAUGGCAUUUGCCAUGGUGAUUUUCUCAACAACAACUUAAUGUUUAGUCGAAAUGAUGCUACUGGUGAGUUGUCGGAUGUCUUACUUGUGGACUACCAACUUUCGUAUAUGGGACCGUUAGUCAACGAUCUGAUUUAUGCUUUCUAUAUGAUCUACACCGCCGAACAGCGUGCUAGACAUCAUCAGGAACUUUUGAAAUAUUAUUUUAAACAAUUCUCGGCAACCUUAAAUAAACUAAAUUUUCGAUCAGACUCAAUUACUUUUGAACGACUCCAAGAACAACUAAAGCGGCAAAAAAUUCUAGCACUUUUUCUUCUGCUCAGCUUCAUGCCUAUCCGUUAUGCCCUGCGAGCUGGUCUGUUAGAUAGAGAUUAUAUGACGGCCACAGACGAGGAGCGUAAAGCGCUUUACUGUGAUAAAAAUUACAUUGCAGAGUUGCAUAACAUUUUACCAAUGUAUUUAAAUUUAGGUUAUUUACAAUAAAAAUUUAGAAAAUGCA